AUGGACGAAUCUGACCUUGGGUUACCUCACAUGGUCUCCCAGGACGAUUACUACGAUGGAAUGCUCAUUCCCAAGGGUAGUGUCAUUUGGGUAGCUAUAUGGGCGAUGCAUCAGGAUGAAGGUCUCUACGCAGACCCUGAAGUCUUCAACCCUGAUCGCUUUCUCCAGCACCCGAAGCUUGCCAACGAAUACGCCGUUGGCGGCGACAGUGAGGGUCGCGACCACUAUGGCUAUGGAGCUGGGCGCCGUCUCUGCCCUGGAAUCCAUUUGGCUGAACGUAGCAUGUGGCGGGUAGCUGCCAAGCUGUUGUGGGCGUUCGAAUUUGCGGAGCCAAUCGAUCCCGUUACCGGUAAAGUUAUUCCACUCGAUGUCAACGCGUACACGAGCGCAAAUCUUGUAAGACCUAUGGAAUUCAAGGUCAGAGUUAAGCCAAGGAGUGAUAAGCAUCUGAAGGUGAUGGAAGGAGAGUUGUCUGGGGCAAUAGAAUUCUUGAAGCAGUUCGAGUAG